AUGAUUAAACAAAAUAAGAAUUUUUCAUUAAAAUCAAGAAGAACUCAUUCAUAAUUGGAAGUAGUAAUAGAUGAGGAAGUAUUUGGAGAAUUAAAGAAUGAGAAAGAUUUUGAGAUGAGAAUACAUUAGCUUAAUGAGAUUCAGCAAAUAGAUUAAAUGAGUUAGAGUUCUGGGAUAUCAAUAUCCUCAGGUCUUUGUAAAAACACAAAACAUUAAAUGGUGGAGAGUUAUGCUUUACUGAUUUAAGAGAUGGUUUUAAAUAAGGAUUUAUAAUAAUUUUGUCACUAAUUUGGAUUUUCAAUUCAGUAAUUAGAAUAAUAUAAUUCGAUGGAUAAGAGAUAGAAUUUUGUAAUAGGAGCAAUGUUUAAGCACAUAAAGGAAUAGAUGUAGAGUAUAAUAAUAAAUAAAUAGGUUUAAUGACAAAGGUAGAAUUAAGAAUGCAUUAAUAUCGAGUGGAUGAAUGGAAUGAAUUGUAGAAGAAGAAUAAUUAGAGUAUGAAUAUAUUUGAAUGGUUGAAUGUGAAAUCAAAAUAUGAGCAUCUGAGAAAGAAAUUACAAUAUGCUUUAAUUGAUAGUAUUACUGAUACUUAGUCUAAGUAAUAAGAAUAGGAGAAAAGAAAUAGAAUUUUUAGUUAGUCAAAUAUAUCUUAGAUAAGUAGAGGUAGUACAACAUGUGCAAUUACUAGUAGAAAAAGAUUAGCAUCAAUUUAGGAGGAACUUACAGUGAAUCCUAAAAUCUAAUUAAUUUCUCAACAUAAGGAUUUUAAGGGAUAGUGGAAUGCAGAAUUAGAAAAAUAGUAUCGAUCAAAAGGUUAAACUCAUAAGGUAUUGGGAUUAUAUCCAGUUAUUUAAAAAGCUAUAUUAGAUAAUGUUGGAUAGAGUGUAUGGAAUCAAUAGAGAGAUGAAUUACUCACUAAAUAUACAGAAGGAGGAUGUUUAACUGAACAAGAAGUUAAAUUCAUUGCCACAACAUCUUAAUUAUUAAAUACUUGUUCAGAUAAAGAAUUUUUAUAGAAGACUAUAUCUCAUUUGGAUAAAAAUAUUCUAGAUUAAAUUGAAUAUAAUAUAGCUGAAUGUAUAUUAGCUACAUAUACUAAUAUAUCAAAUGAUGUUAAAUCACUUAGAUAAAUAUGGCUUAAAAAAAUUAAUACUAAUCUACAAUAAUAGGUCAAAGAUACUCAUUUUAGUGUUCUGAAAAAGAUGUAAUUAUAUAAAAGUUAGAAAGAACUUCAAAAAAUUAAAAUGAAAAUGGUUACUAUCUUUAGAGAUUUGUAAAAAAAACAUUUUAUUAAAUUACAAUAAGAAUUAGAUCAGGAUCAUUAUAUUUAAUAAUAAAAAGGUGUUAAUAAAGUUAUUUUGAAAUUUAAAGAUAAAUUAAUGAAGAGAGUUAGGAGAUAUAGAAAUUAAAAGAAUAUUGGAAUUGCUAAUAAUUUUAUUACUAGAAAUAUACCAAAAUAAAGAACUUUUUUAUUUAAAAUUAAUAAAGAAAUGAAAUCUACUGAAUUUGUUUAAAGAAUGUUUCACCCUCCAUCAAAAUUAAUUAUUAAGAAUUUUGGAUCAUAAACUGAUAGAGGUAUUAAAGAAGAAAUUAAAUAUAAAGUUAGAUCAUCAAGUACUAUUAGAUAAUCUGAUUAUAAACGAUAUUUGAGUGGAGGUCCAUAAACAGAAAGAUAAUUUGCUUCUAAAUCUUUAGCUGAACAAAAUUAAUUAUAAAUUAAUUAACAUAAGAAUCCUCAUGAAUGGAUUACUAAAGAAAUUGAAAUUGAUGCUAUUAAUAAAAUAAAAGCAGCCAUUAGAGCUUAUCUUUAAAGAAAAUAAUAUAAAAUAUAAAAACAAAUUAAAGCUGAAUAAGAAGAAUAAAAAAAGAAUUUAUUGAAUUCACUUUCUAAAAAGAAUCCUGAAAGAAUCUAAAAAAUUGAAGCAGAAUUUAUAAAUGUUAUUAAAAGUUUAGCUUUAAAUAAAUAAAAAAGUUAAUCAACUAUUUAUUCUUCAAAAUAAAGAAUAUAAUCUGAUAUGAAACUUAAAACAAGAAAAUUAUUUUAAGCUGCUAAAAAAAGUUGUCUAAAUAUUGCUAUUUAAUCAGGUUUCUUUUAUACAGCAGAAGAUGCUAAUUAAAAAGAUGAAUUUGGAAGAACUCCUCUUUCUUAUGCUGCAGAAUAUGGAAACGAAUCUAUUUGCAAUUAUUUAUUAAAAAUUGGAGCUAAUAUAAAUAUUUAAAGUUUUGAUGGCAUGACUCCAAUGCAUUAUAUUUUUAAAAGUAAUUCAAUUAUUCUUAUAAUGAAAUUUAUUCAAUUAGGUGGUGAUUUAAAUAAAUUAAAUAAUGAUGGAUUAACACCUAUAGCAUUUUGUAAUUAAGAAACUAUCAAGUAGCUAAAUCUAACACAUAUGAUCUCCUCUUCUUUAAAAAAAGGAUCAUUUGAUAAUCAUUCUAUAUUGAAUAAAAAAUAUCCUUAACAUUCAGAUAUUAUUGAAGCUUUAGAAUUCUCUGGUAAUUUCAGUAAAUUAUAAUGA